AUCUGAGCCACAUUAAGCAUUUUGCAGUUUUUACAGCACACAUACUGAUUCUAGAGACAGCUUUGAAGGGUAGGUACGAUCAGAAAAGUUCGCUGCAUUUGAAUCUAUUCCUCUCUACCAAACACACCCCAACUCCUUUUGCUGUCACAAAAAAGCCACUCCCUCAUCACCAACAUGAAUCCUCUCUUGCAAUUUCCCUCACCAACACGACACUAAUCAUGAUUGUGAUGCCCCUGAUGCUGCGUUCACUAGUGAAGCUGGCAACAUCACUAGUGUGUGAACCUGCAGCAACACUGACAACAAUUCUCUACUACGGAAAUUUGCUUCCCCGCAACCUCGACUUGGACCGAUUAGUGAGACGCGAUUUUCUUCACCGAGAAAACCAUUUCUUCCAUUUUCUCAUCACCAUGUUGAGCCUCUCAGCUCUCCGGGUUACCUCCUUGGUAAUCUUUUUCACUUGCAAUAUUUAAACACAACAUAGCCUCCAAGAUAUCCAACACAAAAAGCCACUUCCCUUUUCAGCCAAUUUGAUCUCUUCAUAUUCUCGGAUGAAAAUGUUUCGUUGGCUAUUGAAACCAAAAUUCUAUUCAAAAUGCAUAUCAUAUGUGAAGGUUAUAAAGACGCGUCUGGAUAUAGCAGAGAAGAAGAUGAGUGCCCGUGUGAAGUUUAUGAAGAGUGACAUUGCUGAGCUUCUUAGGAUUGGCUUUGAUUUCGAUGCAUACAAAAGGGUUGAAGAGCUUGUGUUGGAGCAAAAUAAGUUAUCCUGCUAUGAGCUCAUUGCAAAGUUUAUUGAAAGUAUAUCAGAUCAUCUUGAAGACCUAACUAAGCAGAGGAUUUGCCCUGAUGAAUGCAAGGAAGCUGUACCAUCAUUGAUGUAUGCCGCAGCAAGAUUCGCUGAUCUGCCGGAGUUGCGAGACCUCAGAGCUUUGUUUGCUGAGAAAUUUGAGAAUUCCCUUGAACCUUUUCUAAGUAAAGAGUUGGUUGAGAAAUUGAGAAGAGAUCCACCUGCAAGGGAAACGAAGAUUGGAAUCUUACAUGAUAUAGCACAAGAGUUCUCUGUAAAGUGGGAUGACAAGACUCUGAAGCAAAGACUUUAUAAUACACAACCUUCAUUACAUGAAGAGAGGCCUAAGCCUGCUAAACAAUUUCAGAGAAGAAAGGAUCGAAGCGAUGACUCGGUGAUGUACCGUAGCAGCAGCGAUGAUGAAACAAGUACCGACACGUCAUCUCACGAUGGCCAAAAGGCUAGUUCAAGUUCAUUCGGAAGUGUAUCUGAGGAUGAAGUACUGGAAAUUAAGAGGCCAAUUUCCCCUUGGCUCUUUCCUCCACCUUACCUCAAACAAGGUGAACCAAGUUCAAAGAAAACAAUAACAGAUUCUGAAGCUGUACCAAAAAAGGAAUCAAGCAAGCAUCUUCAUGAACCGGUUGUCAAAGAAAAGAAAACCCUGAUUUCAACAAGGAGGAGAAAUCACCAAUCAAUAUCUGAUCCUAAAGCUUAUCCUUCUGAAGUAGAUUCAGGGCAAAAAAGAAGUGGUACUUCAUCACAUGUCAGAGGAAAAUCUCUUCCUAAUGUUCAUACAAAUGUAGAAGCAGUAAAAUCAAAGGAUUAUACACGAGCAACUUCAUUAGAUUCAGGAAGUGCAAGGCAUGUGCAUCCUAAUCUACCUGACUAUGAUGAUUUGGUAGCUCGUCUGGCAUCUGUUACUCGAAGAUCAUAAGAACAUCUAGCUCAAUAUUUAGUUACUAGAUAAAAUUACUAUCCAUGUUGAUUUCUAUUUUCUAUCUCAAGUUUAGGAUUUAAAUUUAAACACAGUAUUGUAAAUUUAUAAUGAUGGUUAGUUAGUUCCAAUUUAUUCUGUGAUUGAAUU